AUGUGUCCAGAAGCCACCCGGAGGCCAGCAGCCUUCGUGGGCGGUCAGUCGGUCGCAGGAGACCCCUGGCUCAAAGAGCCCGCGCAGGAUCGUGCCUUUGUUUCCGUGUGCUCGCUCGCUUCUCGCCCGGGACCAGUCGGGAUGGCGCAGCCUCUGGAAAUGAUGCCGCAGGCGCCCAGGGCUGGAGAGGCCCCCGAGCGGGGUCCCGAGGGCCAGUCCGCAGCCCCCGCCACCCGCGGCAGCCCCAGGGCCGACUGCAUCAUCUGCUACUGCUCCUACGACCUCUCGGCCCACCUGCCCCGCCGCCUCUACUGCGGCCACACGUUCUGCCAGGCCUGCCUCCGGCGCCUCAACGUGGUCAGCAGUGAGCAGUGGUGGAUCCCGUGCCCCCAGUGCCGCCAGAACACCCCCACCCCGCGUGGAGGGGUGGCCAUGCUCGACCUGGAUCUGGCGGCCUUCCUGGCGGUCAAGGCCGAGAGGGAGCAUCCGCGGGGGCCGGGCAGGACGGAGCCCGACCCGGCCUCCAAAGCACUCGCCAAAGAGAGCCCGGUAACACGGCAGCCCGCCGGCCCUUGCCAGGAGGCGCUGCCGGGGCCGUACUUCCCGCCGAGCAGCUGCUGCGACCGCUGCCUCUGCUGCGUGACCACCGCGGCUUUUCGGGACUGA